AGGAAACAAAACGAAGAUGAGAAUCGGGCAAUCUAUCCUGCCGAGAUUGCAUGGCGGCAUCCGAGCAAUUAGAUUCAACACGACAUCUGCAACUGCUUCAUGUUCAUCUCAAUGGCUGUAUCGAUCAGCACAAGGGUCUGUUGGAGUUUUGCCCUGUGCGUACAAGAAUGGCAUGCAGAGACGAUCGCUUCGACCCAGCUUGAAUGUGUUUCACGAUAUGCAGAGGAGCUACGUUACCGGCACGUGGGCUGCCCGCACAAUGAUGCCGGUUCAUGCUAGGACGUUGCUUCCUUGCUUUUUCUGGAAGGAGCAUCGAACGUUUACUUCAGAAGCCCCAGCGGAAAGUCAGAAAGACAAAUUCAAGAGGCUGAUGCAGGAAUAUGGAAAAGUAGUUCUACUGUCUCAUUCAACAAUAUGGGGGCUCUCUUUGAUGGGAACCUACGCUUUCAUCCAAUCCAUGGAUCUCACUGCCUUCAUCGAGCUUCUUCCCAAGUCGAUCGCUUCCCAUGUCGAUCCAUCAGCAGGAGCGUUUGCGAUUGCUUUCGUUCUCGUCAAGCUCACAGGCCCCGCGAGGCUCAUGAUCGACUUCGCCAUCACACCAACUCUCGCGGGAUUUCUCAGACAGACGUGGCUCGCAGGCCCUCUUGGCCUCAAGAAAUUCACUGAAGAUGAUAAGAACGCUUACAAGCGGAUGAUAGAGCGCGCGGGCCAGGGUCGAACAAUAGCCAAGUUGACGUAUAAGAGGAUAAGAGAUUCGAAACACACGAUCAAAGCGAUCUCGGUAUAUCUCUCAUGA